AGAUUGAUUUUAUAUCCUGCACUUUGCAGAUGACAUGAUAGUCUUCAUGGAAAACCUGAAAGUCUCCACCAAAAACAGGUAGAGCUGAUCUAUAGGUUUUUACCUCCAACGUAUUCACUAAUGCAUUUCUAAGUUUAUGUAUCUUCUAUAAUAUAAUCUCUGUUAUGGCUUCAAAACUUCAGUUUUCUUCUCUUUCAGAUGUGUAACAUGGAUAACAUAAUGAGUUUCCUAUAUUCUUACUGUUCUAUAAUCUCAGCUAUGAUAAAUGACUUAUAGAGAGUCUGACGUCCAUUCAUAUUGUACACUCACCUCCACACACCUAUUUCCAGAGACAGUUGCUCCCAGGGCUGUCUUGAAGCUGUAAGGGGUGGAUAGUCAUGGAAACCUUGUCCUGUGGCCUCCACUCUCCCAACAUAGCAUCUGAUGAGGGAAAUUUGGACAGUGAUGGCUCCCAUGGGAGCCACACAUUCACACAUGCACUGACACCCAUGUGGGGCUCCAACGGAAGGAAGCACUUUACACACAGACAGAGGGAACAUGGCUCAGUGCUGACCUUGGGCUGGAUCAGUGGGCAGAGACAUGUCAGGUCCCACUCCACACAUGGUGGAAGGUCAUGAAGCUUCCACAGUCACCCAGAAAGCACAUGCCCUUCCUGCCUGUGAACACCUGGCUGCCCCUCCUGGCCACACAGAGGCAGAAAUCAAAUUGGAUGACCCCCAGCUGGAUCCCAGGGACUGGUGGUCACUUGGCUUUGGCCUCUUUUUCUCUUGUGGUCCUGUCAAUUCUAGAAACGUUUGUUUCCCCUUUCUUGCAGUUGACGGAUGCCAGCUACGUCAGAAACAUCAUAAAUAGCAUUUCUCCACGUUAGAAGCAGAUGGGUUCUCUAGAGAGGGUGUAUCCCUGGUCCAACCUGACUGUGGGGCCCAACACCUGGUCCUCUCCUGUCCCAACCACACCCCUCUUAUUCAGGUUGGGAAACUAACAAUGAUUGAUUCUGCCAUGUUCCGGGUACCCCUGACCCCACACCCAUUAUGAGGAGUGGGGUUCAGGACAAAGUGCUACAGACCAGGUCCCUCUGCUAAGGUCUCAUGGGCAGCAGAUGAUGGAGUAAUAUUUACAUUAGAAUUAGCUUUGUCCCCCAGAUCAGGGCACUCACCCAUGCAUUGUCCCCUACAUCUUGCAUGCAGGGCCCCAGAAUGGGAAGGAGGACUCUGCCCCAGACAUAAGGGGCACUGAGAGACAGGAGGGACUCAUGGGCAUGUUCCCAGGAAGUGGAGGUGGAUGAUGACACAGGAAAAUAGAGAAGUCCAUGAAGGCUGUGACAGAAAGAAAGCCCACACUCUAAGGCCAGGAGAGGGCUGUGUUUCCUUCCCUAUUUCCCUGUAUUUCUCCUCUGUGUUCAUUGCCAUGGUGACCUUGACCUGAAUCAUGCAGAAAUGCCACAGGUAUGUCUGCACUGACAUGAGGCCACAGAAGAUCUAGAACCCUCAUCACCUACAGCAUCUCCGGAGCCUGGGAACCCCAUGUGUGGUGGCACCCCCAGGAUGUGGCGGACCAGCCCCCAAGUGGCCACACCCUGUGCUUCUGUCUGUCCUGCGGGCACUGAGAUCCCUCCAUCUGCACAACCAGGGACAGAGGCAGGAGACACCAUGACCCCCACCCUCACAGCCCUGCUCCUCCUCGGGCUGAGUGUGGGCCCCAGAACCCGAGGGCAGGCAGGGACCCUCCCCAAACCCUCCAUCUGGGCUGAGCCAGGCUCUGUGGUCCUCCGGGGUAGUGCUGUGACCAUUUGGUGUCAUGGAAUCCUGGAGGCCCAAGUGUUCUUUCUGGUUAAAGAGGAACACUCAGGGUUCUGGGAUGUUCAUUUCCCAAAGAAGCCUGGGAACACGGCCAAGUUCUCCAUCACACACAUGACAGAUAGACAUGCAGGACAGUAUCACUGUUCCUAUCGAAGCCCCGCUGGCUUGUCAGAGCGCAGUGACCCCCUGGAGCUGGUGGUGACAGGAUUCCAAAGCAAACCCCGUCUCUCAGCCCUGCCCAGCCCCGUCGUGACCUCAGGAGGGAAGGUGACCCUCCAGUGCACCUCAUGGAUGGGAUUCCAUAGGUUCGUCCUGAUGAGGGAAGGAGAACCCAGACCCGCCUGGACCCUGGACUCCCAGCGACCCACCAGUGGACAGUUCCAGGCCCUGUUUCCUGUGGGCCCUGUGACCCCCAGUGCCAGGUGGACGUUCAGAUGCCAUGGCUAUUUCAACAACACUCCCCAGUUGUGGUCAUACCCCAGUGACCCCCUAGAACUGCUGGUCUCAGGUGAGGGAGUCUGAUUUUUUGUGUCCAGGAAGCCCUCCCUCCUGACCCAGCAGAGCCCUUUCUUGACCCCUGGACAGAGGCUGACCUUCCAGUGUCGCCCUGAUGUUGGCUAUGACAGAUUCGCUCUGUACAAGGAGGCGGCACAUGACCUUCCCCAGCACCUUAGCCUGCAGCCCCAGGCUGGGCUCUCGGGGGCCGACUUCCCCCUGGGCCCAGUGAGCGGCUCCCACGGGGGCCGGUACACAUGCUAUGGUGGACACAACCUCUCCUCCGAGUGGUCGGCCCCCAGUGACCCCCUGGACAUCCUGGUCACAGGACAGCUCCCCUCCACACCCUCCCUCUCAGUGCAGCCAGGACCCAUGGUGGCCUCAGGGGAGAAUGUGACCCUGCUGUGUCAGUCCUGGAGCUCUGUGGACACUUUCCUUCUGUCCAAGGAGGAGGCACCCGAUCCCCCCCUGCGUCUUAGAUCAGAGUACCGAGAUGGGCAUUACCAGGCCAAAUUCUCCAUGAAUCCUGUGACUUCAGCCCAGGGGGGGACCUACAGGUGCUACGGCUCAUACAGCACCUCCCCCUACCUGUUGUCACACCCAGUGACCCUGGAGCUCCAGGUCUCAGUAGCAGCUGACACCAUCAGCCCACCCCAAAACAAGUCAGACCCCCACAUUGCCUCCAACCCCAAAGAUUACAUGCUGGAGAAUCUCAUCCGCAUGGGUGUGGCAGGCUUGGUCCUGGUGGUCCUCGGGAUUCUGCUAUUUCAGCCUCAACACAGCCACAGAAGAACCCCAGAUGCAACCAGGAGACAAACACAAUGAGAAAAUGGAGGCGACCCACCAUUCUGUGUGGCAGAGCUCUGGGAAUGAACCUAAUGGUCCAGGGGGUUCUGGAAGAAAAUCUGCAGCUUUGCCAGCAGAACUGUCUGCUGAGAAACUGUCUGGGCUGUUGCCUGGCCAGGACUCUUCGUCCAUGAACUGUGGUACUUUCCCUCCUGCCAUUGAUGGAUUCCCUUCACUGCCACCCUGUCUUUUUUCAUCCCUGUGACAGGAGGGUACAUCUCACACUGGUUUAGGUUCAUACCUUCCUACAGUGUCAUGUUCUGGUCCACUUUACUGGGAUACAUUUUCCUUUAUUUUCAAUUUUCACAUUCCCUAAUGUGUGCUGUCUACUUCCAUUCCUUCAGCACCAAACAAAACAUUUGUUUUAAUAAGUGAGUAAGUGGGUGAAAAUCAGAUCCACUUUGUGACAGAGAAAACCAAAACCAAUGCCUUAACUCCCUCUGGACUCAUAAAGCUCUUUGCUCCUCAUCCAAUGAUUCCUGGGGUAUUUUCCAGAAAUACCCGUAGUUGGACUGAGCACAGGGUUGUCUGAAGUGACAGCCUGGUGUUGUGCCGCUACACUGGUUCACGAGAUAAUCAUUUUUUAGAAAGCUG